UUUUUUUAAUGUGACUUUAUAUGGAGCUUCACACUGACACAUACUGAGCCCCGGCGCGGCACAUUUACGCGUGGCACACAUGGACCCUGAACCUGCCGCCCUCACUCACGGGGAGCUUUCGCUGGAACGUUCCUGCGCUGCCACGGACCAUUGAGCAAUAAAAAAAAUGCCUGUAACCGAACCCAGAGCCUAAUCCGAGCGGGGACAAUCGCUGGCAGAGAGGCUGCACCUCCACAGAACUGGAUCCCAGCGGCAGACUGUCCCCCACAGGAGAGACACCGCACCGGGGGAGCGCCUCUCUCCGCGGGGCGCAGGAGAGAUGUGGGGAAACACAAGAGGUUCUGUGCAAGGUUGGAUGGUCAGAUUUCACUGAGGGUGCACUGGUGGUGUCCGUCAAGAAAGUGUUGCAAGUGUGUCAUUGUGUUGCCUUGUGGGUCAUAAAACUGGAUUUCCACCCCCUCGGACAGCCAAGAACGAGAACCGCUCCAUCAGCCUGCGUGAGGAAAGUUGAGGCAGCGUUUAUCCCCUGCACAUGAAGUGCAACACCGGGGAAACUCCGCCCACUUCUGGGUGUCACACAGAGUCCAGACGUGUCAGGGAGCAGAUCGGCCCGGACACCAGCUGAGGGGAGGCGCACUGGACCGUGGACAGGAGCGUCCUGAGACAAAACGUCCAAAUAAAAAAGCAUUUAAAGAUACUUUCAAUGCGUUUUAAUGACUUUAAAAUAUGCUUUGGGUUUGUAGGAUACGUUUGUCCUGCAUUUAUCACCGUGGUGUGAAAUUAUAAACCGACCACAUUGGUGCGUAAAAGUGUUUUUUUCCCUCGAAGACCAUGCGCAGCUUCUCGGAGCCGCGCGUCACAGGCGAAGCGGCACAACUGUUUCCAGCCGGAGUCGGAGACGCGCCCCGCCGUGGGACUGUCCUUCUGGCCGGACCCCCGCGGUUCCCGGCCACGGCUGUAUCCCCCCGAGGGACAGCGGAGCGCAGCUUGGCUCCGGUGAUUCCCGCGCCUCCGCCUGGGCAGUCCGCGAUUUUGUGUCGGCCCCCCGAGAUUCUGGAGGGAGGCGAGAUGGAAGACGACCAGCCGAAAGUUUAUUUGGAGGCCGGCGACCUUUGGAGACAGUUCCACAAAUGCGUCACUGAAAUGAUCAUCACGAAAUCUGGGAGGCGCAUGUUCCCGCCGCUCAAGGCCCGGUGCGUCGGGAUGGAGAGGAAGGCCAAGUACAUCCUCCUGAUGGACAUCGUGGCGGCCGACGACUGCAGGUACAAGUUCCACAACUCCCGCUGGAUGGUGGCGGGCAAGGCGGACCCGGAGUUGCCCAAACGCAUGUGCAUCCACCCGGACAGCCCGGCCACGGGCGAGCAGUGGAUGUCCAAGGUGGUCAACUUCCACAAACUGAAACUGACCAACAACGUAUCCGACAAACACGGAUUCACAAUUCUCAACUCGAUGCACAAGUACCAGCCGAGGUUCCACAUCGUGAAGGUGAACGACAUCCUCAAGCUUCCGUACAGCACGUUCAGGACGUACGUCUUCUCCGAGACCCAGUUCGUGGCGGUGACAGCCUAUCAGAACGACCAGAUUACGCAGCUGAAGAUCGACAACAACCCUUUCGCCAAGGGAUUCAGAGACGUGGGCAACGGGAGGAGAGAGAAGAGGAGACUGCAACAUUCAUCACAAAAAUCAAAAGAGAUGCGGCUGAUGGACACGAACCCUGAAUCACGACAUUCAGACAACCCCACGUCUCCAGAUGCCCACGAAAGGGAGAGAAAUGAUCACGUUGGCAACGUUUCUGGAGAAGAGAACGACAAAACAAACGUUUCCGUCCCAGGCCGGACGCUACAGACUCCAGAGACUCUGGCACAGAGAGAAACCGACCGGAGACGAAUCCUCGUCCUCGGUGGAACGGCUGACGGAGCGAGUGGCUCCGAGCCUCGGGACCCGGAGAAGGGACAGACGUGUAAACUACGCAGCAGGUUUGCACACAGUUGCGUUUAUCCGCCGGAACUGAAUGCACACCUGUGGGACCCGCGCAUCCCCGGCGGCCUCUUCCGCUCCACUCAGGUGAACGCCUGGAACAGCUGUGGCACGGCGGACGGAGCUGCGCCGUGUGGACUGAGCCCGGCAGCACCCGUCAGGACGCCGGCCGCUGCAGCCGGGUUCCCCCUCAGCCUCCAACAGCACGCGCUGGUACAGGAGCUGGUGAGCCUUUCACACUUUGGAGGCCUUCUGUUCUAUCCCUACGCCAGCCUCUCUCUGCGGUCCAAAGCGGAUUUCCGAGCCUGCCCGAGUGUCCACAGCCGGGACUACUUCAAUUCUCCGAUAAUGUCCUCAUCUGUUCCCGCCGCGAUCGUGCCGGACCCGCUGACUCUACCCACAAGUGGGCAGAGGAACUCAGUGGAUGAGGCGGAGACCGGCUGAGAUCGGGGAGGCGUCACAAACAGGGAGAAGAUUCGGAGCUGAGUGGAGUUAAUGCUGCUUCAACGUGCCCCCUGCACGUGCCCUGCCCGCUCCCACGACACACUCCAAAGGCUCUUCUGUCAAACGUAUUGCAACAUGACUAUAUAGCCUCAUCUUGGACUUACGGUGAAAGUCUGCAUCCUCCUGAAAAGGUUCAAGAUCAUUUUAUUUCCACAAAAUGUGACUGAGCUUAUCGAUAACAUGCUGUUAUUAAGUUGUGAUUUUAUUGAAAUUAGGUGCAGGUUGGUGGAUGAUAUGGAGGCUAGAGUCAGAAGAUUUAUUGGCAGAAAUAGAAUAUUCAUCAGACCUGAAACUAAGAAUGGUUGUUUUUGUUACCUCAGAACAAAAGCUUGAUAUCAGGUUUCUCUCCAACGGAGUCGGCCAUGUUGCUGCUCAUGUUUCUGGCCCUGAACUGACCUUUCAACUGUUGGUCACCUGAGGGUCACCUGCGUACUCGUAAGGAGAGGGGUGAGCGGAGGUGUAUUCAGUUGGCUGCAAUAUGCGAGUUUACCACUAGAUGCCACAAAAUCCUACAGACUGAAGCUUUGAACUAACACGUUUAUUUUUAGCAGAGUUUGGCGUAUAAAAAAUAAAUGAUCUAAAUACAUGUUGGCCUGAGUGAAUCAAACCAUGUACAAUACAUACAGCCCAAAGAAUGGAACUGCAGGAGUGAAACUUUAUUAUUUUAUUAUUAGUCAGCUUUUGUACAACACACACACACACACACACACACGCUAACACACAUUUGAGGUGGAUAGCAGAACAUUCAUCAGCUGUCUCGAGUUCAAAGAAUGCAUGGAUGCAUGCAUUCAUCAGUGUAUUGGUCCGUAAGAUUGUGUCAUUUGUUUUUCUCUAAGACCGAUCCCAUAAAUAAUGAAAACAUUUUUUUUCUCCUGAUAGAUUUUCUUUGUGUAACUGGUCCCUGAGUCUUUUGACUGUAAACUGGAGCAAUAAAUAAUGGUACA